AUGUCUAAGUUCGUGAAGGCGGUACUAAUGAGUAGUUACGCUUGGCUUCUUAUUCAAUACUUGAAGACUUCAUUAACUUUAAUCAACGACGAAGUGGACUUAGAAUACAUCAUCCAUACACCGAUGUCCAUCAGGAAGCGUGAGAUGGAGUUAAAAAGGUUUGAAAAGAAUUUUACAGAGUUUUUAAAACAAUACAAGAAGCCAAAAAGGUUUCCUUCAGAUUUUAAGUAUGUACUGAAGUACACGAACUCUUAUUUACAUUAUGGGUCAUCGUUGUACAAGAAUGGGCAAAAAACUUUUAUUGAAAACAAUUGUACAUACUACAAUUGCUAUUUGACGAACCGCAAAAAUUUACUAAAUGACUAUCGGGACUACGACGCUAUCCUCUUUGAUGUUGAGAACAGCUGGGAUGGUAUGCUGGUGAUAAGAGAAGCUUACCAAAAGUUUAUAUUCAUGGCUUCAGAGUCAGCAGCGCACUACCCAUUGUGCGAUGACUUUUACGACCACUAUUACAACAUGACUUGGACAUACAGGUUGGAUUCCGAUAUACGAUGGAGCUACCUGAACAUUGUCGAUCUAAAAGGGAAUUUGGUGGGUCCGAAAAUUAAUAUGACGUGGAGGGAACCUAUGCUGCCGACUCCUGUGGAAGUUGUUAGUAAAUUGAACAAGAAGACGAAAGCAGCCGCUUGGUUCGUUUCGAACUGUAAUGCUGAAAGUGGAAGACAGCACGUGGCAAAUAAUAUAGGCAAAGAGCUGAAGAAACUCAAUUUGACGCUAGACAUAUUUGGAUGGUGCGGAAAACAAAGCUGUCCUAAGGAUAGGCUAGACGACUGCUUGGACUUGUUGGAAACGGAUUAUUAUUUUUAUUUCUCUUUCGAGAACUCUUUCAGUGAGGACUAUGUGACGGAGAAGAUUUUGUAUCCACUGCAACAUUACUCGGUACCGAUUGUUUUUGGUGGCGCGAAUUAUUCCAGGUAACGACGUUAUUUGACGGCUUGUAUGUCUGUUUGCAAGAGAUCUCAAGCUAAAGUCCGAGUCUUCGAAAGCUAGAGUCCUUAAGGUAGAAGCUUGUUUCCGGAAAAACUGUUAUUAAACAGUUUUUUCGGAAACAUUACUUGAUACGUCCAAGAUUGAUGAAAAUUUGUCUUAAAUAUAAAUACUUGGUUUUUACUCACAAUCCUUUUGUUUUGCACUCAACUAACCCCGAAUUUUACUUCCAUAUUCUUUAUCUUUGACAAUAUUUGUUUGAUCUCCAGGUUUCUUCCUCCUAAUUCGUACCUCAACGCUCGAGUACUGAACGCGUCACAGAUUGCGGCAGAGAUGCAGAGGGCUAUACAAAACCCUGGCGUGUACAUAGAUUACUUCAGGUAUGUAUCGAAUUUUACUUCACAAAAAUCAGACAGAUAUGGACGUGGGCCGCAAAAACAUUCAAUUCUAAUUCAAUCUUCAACUCCUAUAACCAACCUAUUUGAAAAUGUUUUUAGGUUAAACGGCAAAAACGGUCUUGAUGAAAUUCUGUCUGAAGUGAUAAAACUGUUACUUUUUGCCGCAAUUGCGCAAACCAUGAGCCAAAAUAAUUUUUCAUACUACUAGCCUUUAGUGAAAAAUAUUUUUUUAUCACUGUAUUUUUAGAUGGCACAACCACUACAGAUACGUGAAGACUCCUCCCGUACCGGACGUGUGCCAGCUCUGCAGGAUCCUCAAUGAAGAGGCGGACAAGCACCAAGUCAUUAAAUACUUCAGGCAAUGGUGGAACCCAGACUUCUUCACGCUCUGCACCAAGGGAGUCGGCAGGUUUCUCGUCAAGAAACCAGAUUUCUUCGGCGUACUUGAAAUCAAUCAAAAAAAUAUAAGGAGAAGAAUACAGCCACCGCGUAAUAAUGAAGAGAAAAGUUUUUAUUGAAAAGUAAUUUUAAGCUUACGGCAAAAAUGUAAGUGAUGCAAUGAUACAUCAAACAAUGCCAGAGACGACU